AUGAAUCAAAUCUUUGAUAUACUGAUGAAACAAACUCUUAUUUGGUCUAAAUUGACGUCGUUCUUGUCAUUACUCAUUUCUUUACUACUUAUACAAAUAUCAGUAGCAUCAAACAGUGAAUCAAAACACUAUCUUUUAAUACACGGUCCAAUGCAUACGAAUGUUCAGAUUAACUCAACUGUACUAUUGAGAUGUCGUGUUCAACUUCAGAUUCAAAAUGAUCUUAAAGAAAAUCACUACAAAGUAUUUCAGAAUAGUAAAUUGAAUAAUGAGGAAUACUUUUCAGAUGUUUCUUCAUCAUCAUCUGCCGUACCGGGAGCAGUUUGGCAAGUUAUCAAUCCAUAUUUAUUGUCAGAUAAGUUGAAAAUCAUUGUUCAAUGGAUGAAAGAUGGAUUUGGUUAUGAUCAAGAUACAUUGAGACAAACAUUUAAUGGAAGGUAUACAUUGGUUGAAUCUGAGGAAAAAGAUGUAUAUGAUUUAAUGAUUAAAAAUAUUCGUUUUGAAGAUGAAGGUGAAUAUGCAUGUCAAGCUAGAUUGGUAAAAAAGACAAAUUCUCAACACAGACCAUAUUAUUUAUAUCAAUUUGUUAAUCAAUCAACAUUUUAUCGAAAAUCAAUAAAAUCGAAUAUGACCAAUCACUUUGAUUCAUCAAUACAUGAUUUACUUAAUUUACCAAUGAGUUUAAUUAAAAGUAAUACCGCAUACUUAAAUGUUAUUGUUCCUCCAAAAUCAAUUCAUUUAAAUAUUUUAUUAUAUGAAAAUGCCAAAUAUCGAUUUUUCUACAAUAAUAAUCAAUUAAAUGAUCCUGUACAAAAUGAUCAAUUAAAUAAUCAAUCAAUAUGGAUCCAUUUAAAUCAAACCAUUCAAUUUAUAUGUAGCACAUCAUCAUGGAGUAAACCAUUAGGACAAUUAUUAUGGUACAUAAAUGAUAAAGUACUAUAUCAGGUUAAAAAUGAAAAGAUAUCGAAUUAUGAUGUAACAAAUUCAUCAUCAUCAUCAUCAUCAUCAUCGUCGACGUCGACAUCGUCAACAUCGUCGUCGUCGUCAUCAUCAUCAUCAUCAUGUCAACAUAUAAAUGAUUGUUUUCGAAAGAGAAAAGAAUUAUUCACUUGGUUAAAUAUGGAAUUUUGUAAUUUACAAUAUGGAUGUCAUAUUAUAAAUAAAACACAUAAUUCAAUGAUAGUUGAUCAUUUCUCAUAUACAGGACAAUUAAUUGAAUUUAUUCAAAUUAAUGAUAUGCCUUCAGGUAUUCAAUUAUUUAAAACUUGGUCUAUUUUAAGUCUUACUUUUCAUGGAACACAAAUGAAUCAAAUUCCAAUUAUGUGUUCAUUAGAAAACCAGCAUGAUUACAUACUAGACAAUAACAAUAAUAAUGAUAAUAAUAAUAAUAAUGCCAAUAUUAUUCAAUCCAACAAAACUUCUAAUUUUAGAAAUACAUCACUUAGAUCUAAUAUAAUCACUAUUCAUCUUUUGUAUAUUGAUAAAGUGUAUAUAGAAAUCUAUUCAAAUCUAAAAACAAUGUUUACUUCAUCUAUUGAACAUUCAAUGAUAUUCAUAGAGAAUCGUCCAAUUCAACUUGGAUGUUUUUGUGAAAAGAUUAAUGUACCUAUUCAUGUAAAUUAUGAAUACACAUUUUUUAUUCAAAUGUCAAAUAAUACUAAUCAUAAUGAUACAUUAUUCAAUAUAAGUUCAUUAUCAACUAUUCAUCAAAUCAAUACUCAUUCUCAUAACGCUGUUUUAUCAUCUGAAAUCCCUUCAAAAUUAAUGAUAUUACAUCAUCAAUUGAAAUAUCAUAUUAUAGAAUUUGUACCACAUCGAAAAUUUCAUAAAGGAAGAAUCUAUUGUCAAAUAUUGAUUAGAAUGAAGAAAGAUACAAUCAAUAAAAUUGAUUCGAUUGUAUCUGAGACAUCAUCUGUGGCAUCAUUGGGAAGUUGGAGAAACCAAAUUUAUGGUGUUCAUGAUGAUAUAGAAGAUGGUUCUGUAGAUGAUCCAGUAAUGAUUUCUUCAAUGGGUCAUAUUGAUUUAAAUAUUCAUUAUGGACCAAAUAUAGAUAAUCGAGACGAUGAGUUUUAUAUACUGUACCCUUGUUCAAUAUUUGGAAAGACAUUGAAAAUGCUCUGUUGGACAAAAUCUACAAAUGAUCUGUAUAUAACACAAGACAUAACAUUAUGGUGUCAAACAGAUUUUAAUCCAUCUGGUCAAAUUGAAUGGUUUACAUGGAAAUCAAAUGAUACACAAGUUUAUUUAUCAAAUGGUUCUAAUUUACAACUUAACUUGAAUCAACUACAAUCUUCAUUAGAAAUGAUUACAGUGAAUUCAAAGAAUUUAUGGAUUAUUGAUAAACAAUAUUUCAAAGAUCAUGAAAAUUAUCUUGAUAUAGAUGAUCUCAUGAAAUUGAAAAAUGUUAAUUUUCAUAUUCAUUUAUGGAAAUUCACAUGUAUAGCUAGUUCAGUGGGAUUUGAUAGUCAGUCAGCAAAUAGAUUUAUCAUUCAAGCAGAAAAACCAUUUGUACAUAGUAAUUCACAUGUAUAUGGAAUUCUAGGCAAAUCAGUUAAUCUUAUCUGCAAUGUUAUCAGUUUUCCGGAACUAAAUUUUACCUAUCCAGUAUGGUUACAUAAUGAUGAAUAUAUUACAAUAGAGGAUUCAUAUAGUAGUAAUAAUGAUAUAAUGACAAUGAACUCAACAACUGAAAAUUCCCAAUUCCCAAUUAUUCUUACUCAGAAUUUUAUAUCUAAAUAUAAAAUCAUUCACAGAAAAUAUUCAGUCGGAUGGAUUAUUACUUUGCAGAUCAAUAAUUUAGAUCUAAAUGAUGAAGGCGUUUAUCAGUGUACAUUUUCAAAUUUAAUGGGAUCAAGUUCUUAUGAAAUAAAUUUAUAUUUAAACCAUAGAUUGACCAGAAAUGAAUUUAUCAUUAUGAUUGUCAGUUGUGUCAUUUCAUUACUGACUAUUCUUACAUUCAUUAUUGGUUUAUUAUAUAUUCAAAGAAAAUGUAAAUAUAUUGAAUGGUCUAAUCAUCAUUAUUUCUGUAUAAAAUGUAAAUUUACAUUGAAUAGAACAACCUACAAUAAAAAUGAAAGAAGAUACAAUCAUAAGACAGUUGGAUACUUUGCAGCAGUGGAUUUGUCAGAAGUUAUACAAAAUUCACUUAUUGAUGAUGAUCAUUUGAAUGUAAUUAAUAAUAAAGAAAUGAAUCUAUCACUCAAUCAGCCUAAUUUGAAUGAUCGCGUAGUUCCUAUAAAUCUACUUGAUGACUACGUAACUAUUAAUCCCAUUUUACAUGGGCAACAAUCAACUUUACAUGAGACAUUUUGUUGUGAAUAUAAAAAUAAUACUUGUCAACAUCAGUUAAACAACAAUUUCAAUAUUCAAUCCGAAUCAAAUUGUUCCACAUGUUCAAAUAGAAAACUUUUAAUUCUACCUAAUCAAACCAAUAAUGAUCAUGAUAGUUAUGUAUAUGAUUGUUAUGAAUUAAAACAAUAUCCUUCUCAAUCUAUCACCAAUUCAAUAUAUGAUAGUAAUAAUCCUAAUUGUACAAUAAAAUGUCUUUAUAAUAAGUUUAAUGAUGAAUCUAUUCUUCAAAAUGAUAAUCAUAAGCAUAAUAAUCGUGAUGAGAAAUCAUUCAAUUUAAAUCAAACUCCUUUAAUGAAUCCAAUUUAUACAAAUGGGAUUUGUUUAAAUGAAUUAAUGUCAAAUUCAAUGAUCAAUAAUCCAUAUUCAUCGUAUUUCAAAUAUCAUACAAAAACUUAUCCAAUUCAAAGAUCAUAUGAUACAUUCCCUCAUAAUUGUAUGUUAUACUCUAAUAGAAUCGAUGAAAAUAUUCAUCUAUUUAAUAAACAACAACAACAACAAGAGAAUUGUAUUCAUUGUAUAUUGAAAUGUGACAAUUCAGUUUUAGCGCCUAAAUUAAAUGAAACUAUUUCUUAUUAUGAUAAUAAUAAUAAUAGUAUUAACAAAAAUGAAUGCCAAUACUAUCUAUUAGAUAGAAUGAAUAGAAUGUGUAAAUAUGAUCAUUUCAAUGAAUAA